AUGGCGGAGAACAAGGCAUACAAAUACCGCCAGGAAAUCAGUCAAAUGAUGUACGUUUCUGGCGAAACAGCAGAACCACCUAUCGAAACUACAAGUAUCAUUGAGGAUAUCGUCCGUCAACAAGUCAUAGAAUUACUCCGAAACUGCACCGAGCUCGCCUCGCGUCGCGGAUCAAAAUCUAUCAGCAUCAACGAUCUCAUCUUCCAGAUCCGCCACGACCAAGCAAAAGUCUCCCGUCUGCGCACAUUCCUCUCCUGGAAAGACGUCCGCAAGAACGUCAAGGACUCAGACGACAAGGGCGCAGAUGCCGACAUCGCAGCUGGCGAUGACCCCGUCGCUGCAGGCGAUAACACUACUGAUGAAGCGGCCAAGAAGAACAAAAAGGCCAAAGUCGGCUUGCCGUGGGAACCUUCAUCUUAUUACAACGUUGAAGUGCCGGAGAGAGAGGAUGAGGAGGAUGAGGAAGAGGAGGAGAUGAAUUAUAUUACGCUGCAGAGAUUGCGGAAGGCUGAUGAGCGUACGAAGGCUAUGACGAAGGAGGAGUAUGUUACGUGGUCUGAAUAUCGACAGGCGUCGUUCACAUACCGAAAGGGUAAGCGAUUCAGAGAGUGGGCAGGCUUUGGCAUCGUCACCGAUAGUAAACCGUCAGAUGAUAUCGUUGAUAUCCUCGGUUUCCUGACAUUCGAAAUGGUCCAGACCCUAACGGAGAUGGCACUCAAAGUCAAAGAGCAAGAGGAUCUGGCGAGAGCCCAGAAUGGAAGAGACAAUGUUGGCACAGCGAAGAAGCGAAAACACGAGGGUGCAUUGUUUGACUUUCCCAGUGAGGGCAAGAUGCCGAUCGAGCCUCGUCACGUCCAGGAAGGCUCUCGUAGGCUGCAGCAGCGACCCAAGAAGUCAAGGGCUAUGCUCAACGGGACUCGAAUUUCACAACAUACGCCUCUCAACAUUUUCUAA